CAGGCUCUGAGAGAAGCAACAGAAGAUGAGAUUGAGCAGAGGAAGAGCUCUCAGCACAGUGCCCGCAACACUGUAGGAGUUUAAUAAAUGGUACUUGGUUUGCCAUUUUUAUUGUUAAGGUGCUGUUGCUGCUGCAGAUGAUGCUGAUGCUGCUGAUGCUGAUGCUGAUGCUGAUGAUGCUGAUGAUGCUGAUGCUGAUGCUGAUGCUGAUGAUGCUGAUGACGACAAAGACUUCUGAACCUCAAGGGACAAGUUUACUCCCGGAAAGAAGACAUUGCCGGGCUCGUCCCUCUCCUGUCCUCCACCCCAACCACCCUCCGUCGUGGAAGUUAAGAUCUGUCGAGGGGGACAGUUAUCCCACUGAAAGGCCGGGGGCCCUCAUCCAGCUGCUAUACCACAGCCCGGCCCAGCUCCUUGGCCCCCUGCUUGCCUCCCCUCCCCAGAGGAUGAAGUCUCCCCCUCUUCUGACCCUCCUUUGCCUCCUGGUGGCCCUGGCUGGCGGGAACCUGGUCCAGUUUGGGGUGAUGAUCGAGAGGAUGACGGGCAAGCCCGCGCUGCAGUACAACGACUACGGCUGCUACUGCGGCGUCGGCGGCUCCCACUGGCCUGUGGACCAGACAGACUGGUGCUGCCACGCCCAUGACUGCUGCUACGGGCGUCUGGAGAAGCUGGGCUGUGAACCCAAGCUGGAAAAGUACCUUUUCUCUGCCAGCAGGCGCCGCAUCCUCUGUGGACUUUGAGGGCAGGAGAGAGCGUGAAGAAAUAAAAGGGAUGAUCACCAUAAACUGUGAAAGGUGAAGAAGUUCUGGGCUAGCAGAAGGAGGGAGAGCAGGUGUGCACGCUUUGCUGCUGUAACUGACUCAGAUCCUCCGUCAAGAAUCACCAGAAGACCAGAUCUCAAAGCAAAAAUGGGUCGCGUGGGGAAGACAGCCGGCCGUCUCUGCCGGGGAAGGUGGUCCUGGGGCGCCCUCUGGUGUCCACUUUAUUCAGGCUAACGGGGGAAACGUAAGUUUGGCUUAAACCUAGAUUUCCCCUUUAUCAGGUGGGCAAAGCGUGCUUCUGGGCUAGUGAAAUCGGUCGCUCCGCAUUGUAAAUAAUAAACAUGCAGGGACAUAACCACCUAAGUCCUUACAACCAUCUCAGAAUGAUGGUGCCACUGCAUAAUGAAGAAUCGCGGGAAGGAGGAACUGACUUGGGGAGGCGGAGAGAAGCUGUGCCCUGGGUGAUGGAUUUAAGGUUCCCAUGGACGAGGACCUCAUAACCUCAUAGCUGUGUAACAAUCCAACAAAGCGAAACUCAGAACUUAAGAAGGAGACCUCAGAGCAGCCUGCUGUGACCUUUGGGCCAGAGACCAAGUCUUAUCCUUUGUUUUCCCAGGGAUCAAUAAACGUUUGGUGAACGAAUCGA